UGUGGUAGUUUGACAGCAUGAACGUCAAACGAAAACAGCGCUUCACGGCGAAUCGCCAGCGAAGAGCAAUAUUUUCAUAAUAUACGAGCCGGAAUUAAACUACCUUUACAUAGCUGCAAACAUGCUGUCCAGCAUACGAACUAGAUUUUCCGUCGCUAGAGUUAUCUUAGGUUACAUAAACAAAGAUGCUUUUGCUCCAGCGGCCAUCUGCUUACCGCAUCCACGAAACUACACCACCACCAUCGAUAGCAAUGCACCGAUCGAGCUAAAGGAAAACCCGUUCGCGAAGGAAAAGAUACAGUGCGUGCUGUGCAAGCACGGUAUCAAUCCCGACUACAAAAACGUGCAGCUGCUGUCACAGUUCCAGAGCCCGUACACGGGCCGCGUGUACGGACGGCACAUUACCGGUCUGUGCCAAAACCGGCACGAGCAGGUCGAGCGGGAAAUUAUUAAAGCACAGAAUGCGGGUUUGAUGCCGACGUAUCAUAAGGCGGUCGAGUUCCUGAACGACCCGAAACUGUUCGACCCGGAGAAAGCUAUUCGCCCGCACAAAUAUUAAGCAUUGCACACACACAUCCGUAAGGUAGGAUCUUUAAUAAACAAUCUAUGUUAAACUAGUUAACCUAUCUCA